CCAGUAAUAAAAAAAAUCGAUAAAAAUCUUUCCACAUCACAAUUAUGCUUCUCGAAAUUGUCUGCUUAAUCGCAUUUCUCAUUUUUAUUCUUCACUUGAAACACAAGUCGAACAAUGAUUAUUGGAAGGUCCGCGGUGUUCGUGGUCCAGAGCCGCAAAAUUUUCUUUCCCUACUAAAAAGUAUGCUAAUCACAAAGGCAUUUAUUGGGGAUACAAUAGACAAAAUGUACGAUAAUUAUAAAGAUGAGAAAAUGAUCGGUAUGCUUGGUGGUAGAAUACCAAUUUUAAUUCUCAAGGAUCCGGACCUAAUAAAAGAUGUAUUAAUAAAGGAUUUUAGUAAAUUUGCCGAUCGCGGUAUUCGACUACACGAAAAAGUUAAUCCACUAUCAGCUCAUUUAUUUUCCCUCGAACCCGAACGUUGGCGACCAUUGAGAAAAAGUCUAUCGCCUGUUUUCACUUCUGGAAAAUUAAAAGAAAUGUUCUCCCUCAUUCUCAAGUCAUCGGAAAAUUUAGAAGCGUAUUUAACGAAAAUUGUUCAAGAAAAUCAAAAUUCGAUUGAAUGUCGUGGUGUUACGGCAAAAUUCACCACGGACGUCAUUGGCUCUUGUGCAUUUGGCAUUGAUAUCAAUGCAUUUACCGAUAAGAACAAUGAAUUUCUUCGAAUGGGGAAAAGAAUUUUCGACGUCGGCUUUAAGAGGACACUUAAAGUGAGAUUGAUGCAAACAUUUCCGAAUUUGUACGAUUUUCUUGGUUUUCUGCUUUCCGACACGGAGAUGGAUAAUUUUUUUGUUAAUUUAAUUAAGGAUACGAUUGAAUACAGAAAGGAGAAUAAUGUCGUUAGGCAUGAUUUUGUUGAUUUGCUGCGGAACAUGAAGGAGAAUCCGGAAAAUUUGGGUAAUAUAGACUUGACCGAUAAUUUGUUGGCCGCUCAAGCGAAUGUAUUUUUCGCCGCUGGAUUUGAAACCUCUUCCACGACAAUGAGCAAUGCUUUGUAUGAAUUAGCGCUGAAUCCUUCAAUUCAAGAGAAACUUUAUCAAGAAAUUAAUGAGAUUUUUCAAAAAUCGGAGAUUAAUUUGUCAUACGAGAAUGUUAAAAAUAUGAAAUAUUUACAUCAAGUUUUCCAAGAAACUCUUCGAAAAUACCCACCGGUGCCAUUUUUGAUGAGAUGCUCAUUAGAUGAAUAUACAUUUUUCGGGACCAAUGUGAAAAUUCCAAAGGGCCAGAGAGUCUGGAUACCGGCCUAUUCUCUUCAAAGGGACUCAAAAUACUAUCCAAAUCCAGAAAUUUUCGAUCCUGAAAGAUUCAAUGACGAGGAGGUUAAACUUAGGCAUCCAAUGUUGUUUUUGCCAUUUGGUGACGGACCCAGAAAUUGCAUUGGUGCAAGAUUUGCUGAUUAUCAAACAAAAGUCGGUCUUUUAAAAAUUUUGAAAAAUUAUAAAGUUGAUGUUUGUGAAGAAACACCGAUUCCUUAUGUAAAUAACGUAAAUUCGUUUCUACUAAGACCAAAAGAGGGAAUACCGUUAAAAUUUGUGAAAAUUAAUUAGUUUUCUGAGUCUCCUCAGUAACAGCUAACAAAUACCGAAAAUUAAAUUAUUAUUUUGUUGUAAAUAAAAAUUUGGUAUAACAACUAA